CUGCCGUAAAAUGCUUUCAGUCGCGGCAAUUAGUGCUAUUGAGCCCUUCUGGUGCUUUUUUGUUACAUAUUUUACUACACGGGUUGUAUAUAUUAUUAUGAAAUACAGUAGAAUAUGUAAUGUUACUUACUAAGUAAUUAUAGGACGAGCGAUCUUUUCAGCCGUGCCACUUUAUCGUCGCAACUCGUUAGCUGUUUACACAGGAGGCGGCUAUCUUCCAUCGUAGAACAUCUCCAGUGUCAAUGUCAAAUGAUCCUGGAUCAGCUCCAAACGCUCGAUCUACCUCUAAAAUCCACUCAGACCGGAGGAGAAAGCGUAGACUGGGAUAAGGAAGCCGGCGAGAAAAGUCCGCUAAUGAGGAUCGAAAUCAUUCACACAGCACAACCGUUUCCAGCAUGAAUUCCCUUACAGGACGGACCGCGUCGCUUCUCUUCAGACGUGCUGCGACAGCGGCCGGUGUGCCCUCCUUUCAGGCGGUGAGGGUCUGCCAUGGCGAGGCGAGUCGCAAACGCAGCGUUAGCACCAAGAAGCGCGGCUAUGACAUCACCAGGAACCCUCACCUGAACAAGGGAAUGGCGUUCACCUUAGAGGAGCGCUUACAGCUGGGCAUCCACGGCCUGCUGCCCCCUUGCUUCCUGUCCCAGGAUGUCCAAGUGCUCCGUGUCAUGAAGAGCUACGAAACACGCUCGAAUCCUCUGGACAAGUACAUCCUGCUGAUGACGCUGCAGGACAGGAACGAGAAGCUGUUCUAUCGAGUGCUGACCUCUGACAUCGAGGAGUUCAUGCCCAUCGUGUACACGCCCACUGUGGGCUUGGCCUGCCAACAAUACGGCCUGGCCUUCAGGAGGCCGCGAGGACUCUUCAUCACCAUUCAUGACAGAGGCCACAUUGCCACUGUGCUCAACUCCUGGCCUGAAGAGGACAUUAAGGCGAUCGUGGUGACAGACGGCGAGCGAAUUCUCGGCCUUGGCGACCUGGGCGGCUACGGCAUGGGCAUUCCCGUCGGGAAGCUAGCACUCUACACGGCCUGCGGCGGAGUACGGCCGCAACAGUGCCUUCCCGUAUUGUUGGAUGUGGGCACGGACAACCAGAACCUGCUCAACGACCCCUUGUACAUCGGUCUGAAGCACAAAAGGAUCCGGGGAAAGGAAUACGACGCACUUGUCGACGAGUUCAUGCAGGCGGUGACGGACAAGUACGGCAUGAGCUGCCUGAUCCAGUUUGAGGACUUCGCCAACAGCAACGCUUUCCGCAUCCUCAACAAGUACAGGAAUCGCUACUGUACCUUCAACGACGACAUCCAAGGCACGGCCUCUGUCGCUGUCGCCGGGAUCUUGGCGGCUUUGAAGAUCACCAAAAACACACUGCUAGACCACACCUUCGUUUUCCAGGGCGCCGGCGAGGCUGCUCUGGGGAUCGCUCACCUGCUGAUAAUGGCCAUGGCCAAAGAGGGCGUGUCCCGGGAAGAAGCCGCCAAAAGGAUCUGGAUGGUGGACUCCAAAGGUCUCAUCGUCAAGGGGAGAAGUCAUCUGAACCACGAGAAGCUGGAGUUUGCGCAUGAGCAUCCUCACCUGAAGACCCUAGAGGAGGUGGUGCACACAAUCAAACCCACCGCCAUCAUCGGAGUCGCCGCCAUCGCAGGGGCGUUCACCGAGAAGAUCAUCAAAGACAUGGCGUCUUUCAACGAGCGGCCCAUCAUCUUCGCCCUGAGUAACCCCACCAGCAAGGCCGAGUGCACGGCGGAGCAAUGCUACACGCUCACCCAGGGCAGAGGCAUCUUCGCCAGCGGGAGUCCCUUCGACAAGGUGACGCUGGCCGACGGCCGCACUUUUUACCCCGGACAAGGAAACAACGCCUAUGUCUUCCCCGGGGUGGCGUUGGGGGUCAUAGCCUGCGGAGUUCGCCACAUAUCAGACGACAUCUUCCUGACUACAGCAGAGGCCAUCGCCGACAUGGUGACGGAGGAGCACUUGGCCGAGGGACGACUCUACCCUCCUCUCAACUCCAUCAGGGAGGUGUCCUUUAAGAUUGCAGUCAAGGUGGUCAACUACGCGUACACACACAACAUGGCGUCGAUGUACCCCGAGCCCAAGGACAAGGAGGCGUUUGUCCUCUCUCACAUCUACAGCCCCGACUACGACUCCUUCACGCUGGACACGUACUCUUGGCCGCAGGAAGCCAUCAACGUACAGGAUGUGUGACGUCAUCACGUGCGACCAGUACACCUGCUACGCUUCUUCUGGGUACUUUUCUACUGACUCGCCAUCUUUACAGCGCAAGUGGAACAAGUGGUCUGAAAGGCAGCAAAGAAAAAAGUGCAUUGAAUACCAUACAAACAAACAUAAACCACUAGUUGUUGAUUUAAAUACCGUACAACGUAAACAACCAUCUGUUGAAUUAAAUACAGUAUGACAAACAACUAGCUGUUGAUUUAAAUACUGAACAACAUCAACAAGUAGCUGUUGAUUUAAUUCCGUACAACAUAAACAACUAGGUGUUGGUUUAACUACUGAACAACAUAAACAACUACAUGUUGAUUUAAUACUGAACAACAUAAACAACUAGCUGUUGAUUUAAGUACUGAAAAACAAACAAUUACCUCUUUAUGUAAUUCCAUACAACAUAAACAACUAGGUGUUGGUUUAAAUUCUGAACAACAUAAACUACUAGAUGUUGAUUUAAUACAACAUAAACAACUAGCUGUUAGUUUAAAUACUGAACAACAUAAACUACUAGAUGUUGAUUUAAUACAAUACAACAUAAACAACUAGCUGUUGGUUUAAAUACUGAACAACAUAUACUACUAUAUGUUGAUUUAUUACCAUACAACAUAAACAAUUAGCUGUUGGUUUAAUACCAUACAACAUCAACUAGCUGUUAGUUUAAAUACUGAACAACAUAAACUACUAGAUGUUGAUUUAAUACAAUACAACAUAAACAACUACCUGUUGGUUUAAAUACUGAACAACAUAAACAACUAGCUGUUGGUUUAAUAGCGUACAUCAAAAACAAUUAGCUGUUGGUGUAAAUACCGUACAACAUCAACAACUAGCUGUUGGUUUAAAUAGCAUACAACACAAACAACUAGCUGUUGAUGUAAAUAUUGUACAAUAUAAACAACUAGCUGUUGGUUUAAAUACUGUACAACAUCACCAACUAGCUGUUGGUUUAAAUAGCAUACAACACAAACAACUAGCUGUUGAUGUAAAUAUUGUACAAUAUAAACAACUAGCUGUUGGUUUAAAUACUGUACAACAUAAACAACUAGCUGUUGGUUUAAUACCGUACAACAUCAACAACUAGCUGUUGAUGUAAGUGUUGUACAAUAUAAACAACUAGCUGUUGGUUUAAAUACUGUACAAUAUAAACAACUAGCUGUUGGUUUGAUACUGUACAACAUCAACAAAUAGCUGUUGAUGUAAGUGUUGUACAAUAUAAACAACUAGCUGUUGGUUUAAAUACUGUACAACAUAAACAACUAGCUGUUGGUGUAAAUACCGUACAACAUCAACAACUAGCUGUUGGUUUAAAUAGCAUACAACACAAACAACUAGCUGUUGAUGUAAAUAUUGUACAAUAUAAACAACUAGCUGUUGGUUUAAAUACUGUAAAACAUCAACAACUAGCUGUUGGUUUAAAUAGCAUACAACACAAACAACUAGCUGUUGAUGUAAAUAUUGUACAAUAUAAACAACUAGCUGUUGGUUUAAAUACUGUACAACAUAAACAACUAGCUGUUGGUUUAAUACCGUACAAUAUCAACAACUAGCUGUUGAUGUAAGUGUUGUACAAUAUAAACAACUAGCUGUUGGUUUAAAUACUGUACAAUAUAAACAACUAGCUGUUGGUUUGAUACCGUACAUCAUCAACAACUAGCUGUUGAUGUAAGUGUUGUACAAUAUAAACAACUAGCUGUUGGUUUAAAUACUGUACAACAUAAACAACUAGCUGUUGGUGUAAAUACCGUACAACAUCAACAACUAGCUGUUGGUUUAAAUAGCAUACAACACAAACAACUAGCUGUUGAUGUAAAUAUUGUACAAUAUAAACAACUAGCUGUUGGUUUAAAUACUGUACAACAUAAACAACUAGCUGUUGGUUUAAUACCGUACAACAUCAACAACUAGCUGUUGACGUAAGUGUUGUACAAUAUAAACAACUAGCUGUUGGUUUAAAUACUGUACAAUAUAAACAACUAGCUGUUGGUUUGAUACCGUACAUCAUCAACAACUAGCUGUUGAUGUAAGUGUUGUACAAUAUAAACAACUAGCUGUUGGUUUAAAUACUGUACAACAUAAACAACUAGCUGUUGGUGUAAAUACCGUACAACAUCAACAACUAGCUGUUGGUUUAAAUAGCAUACAACACAAACAACUAGCUGUUGAUGUAAAUAUUGUACAAUAUAAACAACUAGCUGUUGGUUUAAAUACUGUACAACAUAAACAACUAGCUGUUGGUUUAAUACCGUACAACAUCAACAACUAGCUGUUGAUGUAAGUGUUGUACAAUAUAAACAACUAGCUGUUGGUUUAAAUACUGUACAAUAUAAACAACUAGCUGUUGGUUUGAUACCGUACACCAUCAACAACUAGCUGUUGAUGUAAGUGUUGUACAAUAUAAACAACUAGCUGUUGGUUUAAAUACUGUACAACAUAAACAACUAGCUGUUGGUUUAAAUAACAUACAACAUCAACAACUAGCUGUCGGUUUAAAUAACAUACAUCAUCAACAACUAGGUAUUGGAUUAAAUAACAUGCAACACAAACAACUAGCUGUUGAUGUAAGUAUUGUACAAUAUAAGCAACUAGCUGUUGGUUUAAAUACCGUACAACAUAAACAACUAGCUGUUGGUUUAAUACCAUACAAUAUAAACAACUAGCUGUUGGUUUGAAUUCGUACAACAUAAACAACUAGUUGUUGAUUUAAAUAACGUAAACAACUAGCUGUUGAAUUAAAUAACGUACAACAUAAACAACUAGCUGUUGAUUUAAAUACCUUACAACACAAACAACUAGCUGUUGAUGUAAAUAUCAUACAAUGUAAACUAGCUGUUGGUUUAAAUACUGUACAACAUAAACAACUAGCUAUUAAUUUUCCAACAUAUUUUCCUGCUGCAGAGCAACAUACUGGGAACCUCCAAGGUCACACUCCAUCCCAUGACCACUCCUACUUAAAGGCCCAGCGUGUUAUCGUGUUUACUGCGGUCACAUGCUAAGCUAACCGCUUGCCACUUCUACUCGAUUUUGUCAAGUUUGUGAUGUUAGUGUAGUUUUGUACUGCAGGGGAGAGUGAUUGUGUGUUGUUUUCUUCUUGUCCGCCUUCAAGUUUGGGUGAAAAUGUUUGAUUUGAGUGUGACUGGUGUAAGUUUUCCAAGGGAACAUUAAACUCUAUAUUGAUAUAUA